CCAUUAAACCACAGCGCCCGCCAUACGAGGGAAGUAAGUACACGUAGCCUAGGCCGGCCCAGCCUACAAAACAUCACCUAGUGUUGUGGUUAUUUUAUCAACUGGAACAGGAAUAAAACCACGUUUUACUUGUUGAUUGGGAAGUAUGCUGUAGAAUGUAUCUAUUUUCUAGUGCAUUACUUAGUCUUAGAUAAAACAAGGACCACAGUCCAAGUCCUAUAUUUUUGACUUACCUCAAGUUCUCGACGAUGGCAUAUCAGACCUUCCAACAGGAGUAUCUACAGACUCCGCCCAUCACCAGAGCUUACUGCACGUCAUGUGUGCUAACAACACUUGCGGUGCAAUUGGACAUCAUUACACCUUUCCAGCUGUACUUCAACCCAGACUUAAUUUUCAACCAUUAUCAGGUAUGGAGAUUAAUCACCAAUUUCCUCUUCUUUGGACCAAUCGGCUUCAACUUUUUAUUCAACAUGAUCUUCACGUAUCGCUACUGUCGGAUGUUGGAGGAGGGGUCAUUCAGGGGUCGGACAGCAGAUUUCUUCUUCAUGUUCUUCUGCGGAGGUCUUGUCAUGACGAUCAUCUCGUUCUUUGUCAACCUGGUGUUUCUUGGCCAGGCCUUCACAAUCAUGCUGGUGUACGUCUGGAGUCGGAGGAACCCCUUCGUCCGCAUGAACUUCCUGGGUCUGAUGAACUUCCAGGCUCCCCACCUGCCCUGGGUGCUCUUGGGCUUUUCCCUGCUGCUGGGGAACUCCAUCAUCGUCGACUUCAUCGGCAUUGCUGUCGGUCAUGUUUACUUCUUCCUUGAAGACGUUUUCCCUCAGCAACACGGCGGCUUCAAAAUCCUUAGAACACCCAAAAUUCUGAAAAUGAUCUUCGAUGCGAACCCCGAUGAUGCAAAUUACAACCCCCUCCCCGAGGAGGAGAGACCUGGGGGGUUUGACUGGGGCGGCGAGGGUGCAAGACCAGCGGACCAACAAGAGGCCAGACUGCAGGAGGGGCAGACAGACGGACCGCAGGACAGACAGGGGGACAAUCAGGUCCACAACCCGGACCAGUGAGUUGGAACAAGGGGCUGCAAAACUUCAGCUGUUGGAGGAGCACGAAUUGACAUUGGUGCUUGUUUAUGUCAACACCGCAAAUGAAGCUGCAAAGCACUUUUGGAUUAGUCAGACAAAACCAAUUUCAUACGGGCCAUUUCUUUUUUUUUCUGGAAAUGUACUCGAAACAGUUUCUGAAUGCUUUCAAAACAGGAAAGGAAAGUUGAACGAAAUUGGAUGCCGAAUCUUUAAUUUCAGUGCUUGUGGUAUGUGAAAAUUUGACAGCUGCAACUCAGGAUUUUGUAUAAGCGGAUUUGUACAACACUGCAGUUCCGGCAAAACUGACUUCAUGGACUGUCCUCCGUCAAUCUUGGCAAAGUCCUUCACAAGCUUUUUUGGUUAUCCCAUUUUGCAUAAUCUGGCAGCUGAAAUCCUACAUGCAUUGCUGCUGACGUCAAAACUUUCAAACAGCAGUGAAAAGAACCGUCAGGGAGAUAAGCCUGAUCUGAGCACCAGAUUCAGAUGCCGUCUUUGCGUCCCACUCGUCACCUUUUUGUCCCUCGUUGCAACAGGGCAUGGCGACGUGGCGACUAUUGAAUCUCUACAUGCACAUGUAUUUCCCCGAAAAUAUGGAAGAAUAGGGUCAAGUUGAAGUGAUGUAGACAUUUUCAGUUUAUCAAUGACGGGACAAUGCCAUAAAACUCGUUUUGGAUUGGGCACUGAAAGCUGGCGUGACCAGAGAAAGAAAAGUGUUGGAGUUUGUAAUGACUUACAGUCCUCCAUGUUGAAACAGUACAUGAAUCUCGGUGUCUAACUUUACUUUGUCAUGUUUCUAAGCAGGGACAACCCUAGCAAUGUGGUAUUGAAUUUACCAGAGACCUGAUUCCAGGUCUUAACGUUCACAAUCCGAGUUAAUAUUAAUUAAUAUUAAUUAUUAAUAUUAAAGGUCACACUGUGACCCAUCUUCUUUUGUCUGUAAAAAGCAGAGUCAUGUUACUAAAUUUUCUUUCCUUGACAUUAUUUUUAGAAAAAAAAUUGAGUCACGGAAAAUCGUUAAAAAAAAAAACAAACACAAAAGAUUUUAAAAGGUGUGUUUUGCUCUCAGAGCAAAUUUCCAUUUUUGGUGGUCUUUUUUAGUUCAGGUUCAGAGGUUUUUAAGAGAGGUGUUCUAUUUUUAAUGUUUUUGCUUUGCCUGAAAAGUGAAACCAAGCAUCCAAUAUCUGAGGCAGAGAGUGUUAACUUGGGUCUUUUUUUUGAGACCGUAAAAUGUGGUAAACUUUUGACCAAGAAUCAGAGCCUUGGUUCUUUUUUAAUGGAAAUGCUGAAGGUGGGCCUCAUCAUGUGCAAUUUGGAAUUCCCACCUAGGGAUACAAGAAAAAUGUGACUCAGGGUGUGAUUGUCAUGACAACACCUGUCAACAAAAACCCUAGAGAUGCUGUCUGUGUCUUGAUAGAUGGUUUCACUACUGUUAUACUGCCCUCUAGGGAUAUCAUAGAUCACAUUUCCCAGAUAAUGGCUAACUUUUUUUUUCCAGCCAAAAAAUUCACUACCGUCCAUUCGGAACAGAUUAAAGAAUAACAUUUUAAAGUUUAGUUUUAUCAAGUAAAAGGUUAUUCUUGGCAUCUUUCAGUUGGUUUCAAUGACCAAAAUGUGUUUAUUUUCAGACAAAUACAUUAUCGGUAUAGCGUUUCCAUCAAUAGAGAGUCUUCACAUUUCCUUAGGUGUUGUUGAAAAUUGUUCUUUCUUGGACGUGAAGUCGUGCUGCAUAAAGAAAUCUUUUCUGCUUGCUUGUGACAGGGGUUUUCUUAUGACAUGAUACAUUGACCAAUGGGUGUCUCUGGUAUUUACCCACAAUUCACACUGCAGAGGACUGACACUGUGACAUUUGCUGUUGAAGUGACAGCUGUUUUUAAUCUGUCAAUGUCUAAGAAGUGGCUUCCUUGUUCACUGAUUCCUUUCCGUACUGUGGUACUGCCCCAACCUGCCCCAGCAUCUAAUGGUCUAAUGGAUACAUUGGGGUAUAAAUACGUGUACAUUGUAAUGCAAGGGUUAAGGGUCAUUUAUUGGCUAGAGAGGGUGCCUAGUGGCAGCAUGUAAUGAGCUAAAGAAUUAAAAAAGCAAAAUUAGAACGUUGUUUGAAGUAAAAUUGGGACAGCUAAUUGAUGAUAAGUGCGAAUUUGGGAUAGUAAAAAUUGAUCAUAAUUAUACAUGUAUCUGUAAUACCAAACUUGUGAGACACAGUGGACAAAGCAAGCAUACUGUUACAAAACUAUUUCCAAAUCGACUGUGAUCUUUGUAUUGUCUCCUUAGACUAAUAUUCUUAUGUAACAUAAAUGAGACAAAAAUUCUAUUUUGCAAUGUGAAGAGAAAGCCCUAGCUGCACAUCUUUUGUCAUUAGCUUGAUUUUCAGUUGCGAAAAAACCAACAAAAGAAGUGGAAUCUCUUUCCUGCAAUGGAAUCUGGCUCAGGAAACAGGCCGUGUAUUUUGGAUUGUACGAAGGCAAGAAACUCCCAAAAUGGAGAUAACAUCAGUAAUUAGUUUUGGUCAAGUUGCAGCCGGGUUGGGUUUUCUGCAUGUAAUUCUGUGGAAGAACUUUGCAGGUGGACGUGUGGUCAGUAAUGUCUUUCGUUGACAACUUUGAAGACCCACAAGACUGAGGGUAAAGCCAAUAUUGCCAGGUUGGUUUAAGGGAAGAAAUGCUUCAAAGAAUGAUUAUAAAUCAAUUGGAAAUUAAUCUCUCUGAAAUGGAAAAUCAACGGUGUGAUUCAUUUAUAAGAAAAUGUAUUUUUCUAAUUCUGCUGACACAGUGUUCAUUUCCCCCCACAAAGUGUACCUGUAUGUUUGUUUUUUCCUACGUUGUAAUUCUAGACUUUGCCCUCGGUAGGGUUUCACUUCAAGCGGUCUUUCCUCUGGUGUGAGGCCAGCUUGCCACAUUGUAUCAUGCAGCACCCAAUUACUGAUUCAGUGUAAUCUGAGAUCCUCCUCGUUAAGUAGCCUUUACUGUACAUAAGCUGACUUGGCAGCAGACUAUUUAUGAAUAAAAUUGUGAUCUAAGUGUCUCA